GGAGAAUUUCCUCGCGAUGCAGCUGCAAUCCCCGCCAAGCGAAAUGUUACUGAGGAAGUAGAAGUGGAGAGGUACGAUUGAGCUCUUUUAGAACAAUCCAAUGUCCGACUCCAAUCCCCAAUUCUCUCUCCAAAUCCCAAAUCCUCUUCUUUCCUUCCCAUUCUCCACUUUUCUCUCCAAUUCAACUCCUGAUCAAAACCCUAGCUCUAACUACGACCUCCACGUCUCCUUCCACGGCAAGCGCAAGCGCACCGGAGUCCGCCGCAAAGUUUCGCUUUCCUCUACUGUUCAAUGGCACGCUCCUCUUCCUCCUACCCCACUUCAACCGUCACUGAUACCACAAGCCGCCAAUUCCAUCAAAAACCCCCUUGAGAAACCCAAUCUUCCAUCUGAUUUAUUCGAAGAGAUCAUUUGCAUCAACAGGGAGGCCACCAACGAGGCUCUCAUUGCCCUCACUGCUGGUUUCCCUGCAGACUCCCUUACCGAGGAGGAGAUCGAAGCCGGCGUCAUCUCCUCGAUUGGCGGAAUUGAGCAGGUGAACUACAUUCUAAUCCGCAACCACAUUCUCUCUAGGUGGAGGGAGAGCGUCUCGAAUUGGCUCACCAAGGACUUUUUGGCAAGUGUGAUUCCAGACCACUGCGGGGUGCUGUUGAAUUCUGCCUAUGAUUUCUUAGUUUCACAUGGUUAUGUAAACUUCGGGGUAGCCCCUGCAAUUAAGGAGAAAAUUCCGGCUGAGCCCACAAAACCUAAUGUCAUUAUCAUUGGCGCCGGUCUUUCCGGGCUGGCUUCAGCAAGACAAUUGAUGUGUUUUGGGUUCAAAGUUGUGGUUUUAGAAGGGAGAAAGAGAAGUGGAGGUAGGGUUUAUACUAAAAGGAUGGAAGGGGGAAACAAGUUUGCUGCUGCUGAUCUUGGUGGGAGUGUGUUGACAGGUACGCUUGGAAACCCUCUUGGAAUUAUUUGUAAGCAGCUGGGAUCCUCUCUUCAUAAGGUUAGAGAUAAAUGCCCUUUGUAUAGACCUGAUGGUAAGCCUGUAAAUCCUGAUGUGGAUAUUAAAGUUGAGAAUGCUUUCAAUCGGCUUUUGGAAAAAACUAGCAGGCUAAGGCAGUCCAUGGGGGAGAUUGCCAUGGAUGUAUCUCUUGGAGCUUCCUUAGAGGUUUUCAGGCAGGUUUAUGGUGAUGCUGUGACAGAUGAAGAGAUGAAUUUGUUCAAUUGGCAUUUGGCAAAUUUGGAAUAUGCCAAUGCUGGGCUCCUUUCAAAGUUGUCAUUAGCUUUUUGGGAUCAGGAUGACCCCUAUGAUAUGGGUGGUGAUCACUGUUUCUUGCCAGGUGGAAAUGGACGCUUUGUUCAGGCUCUAGCUGAAAAUGUUCCAAUACUAUAUGAAAAGACUGUGCACACCAUUCGAUAUGGUGCUGAUGGAGUGCAAGUUAUUGCAGGGGGCCAGGUUUAUGAAGGGGACAUGGCCCUUUGCACAGUUUCACUUGGGGUUCUUAAGAAUGGAUCGAUAAAGUUUUCACCUGAGCUCCCUCAGAGAAAGCUGGAUGGAAUUAGGAGAUUGGGAUUCGGCUUAUUGAAUAAAGUUGCUAUGUUAUUUCCCUAUGUUUUUUGGAGCACUGAUUUUGAUACUUUUGGACACUUAUCUGAAGAUCCAAGCCGUAGAGGAGAGUUCUUUCUAUUCUACAGUUAUGCUACUGUAGCUGGAGGUCCUCUCUUGAUUGCUCUUGUUGCAGGUGAAGCAGCUCACAAUUUUGAAACAAUGCCCCCUACGGAUGCCGUGUCGACAGUUCUUCAAAUUCUUAGGGGCAUUUUUGAACCACAGGGCAUUGAUGUUCCGGAUCCUCUUCAAAGUGUAUGUACUCGAUGGGGUACAGACUCUUUUAGCUUGGGUUCAUAUUCUCAUGUUGCUGUCGGAGCAUCCGGCGAUGACUAUGACAUCUUAGCAGAAAGUGUCGGAGAUGGACGGCUAUUCUUUGCUGGCGAAGCUACCGCAAGGCGAUACCCUGCCACAAUGCACGGAGCUUUCCUCAGCGGUCUUAGAGAGGCUGCUAAUAUGGCUCGCCAUGCUAAUGCCCGAGUUUUGAAUAUUGAAGUUGAAAGGAGCUUAUCAAAGGACACCCAAUCUUGUGCCGCACUUCUCGAAGAUUUGUUUAGGGAACCCGACCUGGAAUUUGGAAGCUUCUCCAUUAAUUUUGGUGGGAAAGCUUCUGAUCCAAAAUCUAUUGCGAUCUUGAGGGUAGCCUUAGGCGCUAUAAAGAAGAAGAGUAAUAAUGAGGGAACGAAAGCAAGUCAACAACAUUCAAACAAAGUGUUGUUUCAGCAACUGCACUCGCAUUACAACCAGCAACAGCAGCUUUAUGUCUACACUUUACUAACACAAAAACAGGCUUUGGAAUUGAGAGAGGUUAGAGGAGGUGAUGAAAUGAGGUUACAUUAUCUAACUGAGAAGCUUGGUGUGAAAUUAGUAGGAAGAAAAGGUUUAGGACCUGCUGCUGAUUCUGCCAUUACUUCCAUAAAGGCUGAGAGGGGAAACCGAAGAUCACAGUAAAUCAGAAGAUUUAAGCAAGUGGAAUAAGUUUUAGCUGCUGUAGGUUUUGUAAAAUGUACAUGGUUAUCAUCCAAUUUUGACACUCUGAUUCCUGUAAAUUUUAUUUUUUAUUGUUCUUGUAAAUUGGAGGUAUUUAUUGCAAUGAAUUUUAACACUGGGACUUGAGGGAUUGCAAUUUUGAGGCUCAGAUUUUUUCAUUUAUUUUGUAUAGACAGCAUGAUUAUGCA